AUGGGAACAAUGUUCGAAAAAAAUGAGAAAUAUAGUGGUGAAGCAAUUCUGUGUGCUGCAACAUUUUGUGAAGUGAAUGGUUGUAGUAAAAUCGCUCAGCAAGUGAUGUCGUAUAUUUGUAAUAUCAUGAGUAGUCAUUCAGGGCUAAAUUCCGAUAAUAUUACCUGUGAAGUAAGCAGUGCAAGUGAUCUAAAAAGUUAUGAUUAUCUGACGAAGAUUGCUCCAGCAGUUGCUCAUUUGUUGUUGUCUGUUGAUGGAGCCGAAUUGUUUCAUCGUGUAGAGCAGGCAGUCGCUUUGUUGAAAUCGAAUACAUUUUGGAAAGUGAAGCAAGCACUUAUUAUCGAGUUGCCGUAUUUCAUAGAGAGAUGUGCAUCCCACACUGAUUUCACUGCUCUCUUUGUGGUUGUUGGUUCACUUCUGGCUGAAAAUGAUAUGUCACAACGGCGUACGUUUGCCCAACAAUGUUGUGUUGUUCUGGAAUAUAUUGUUAAGCGGGUACAGAACAGGGAAUGCAUUUUGUCGCUUUGUAAGCAUAAGGAUAUCGUAGAAACAUUGAAAAAAAUGGCAAUUGUGAAGUCAUCCGCAUUGCUUGACAAUUUACUGAAGUGCGAAUAA